GUUAUUAACCUGAAUUUAAGUGCUAAUAGAGCGGCGAGUUUGGUCGCAUCAAUUUUGAUUACGCGCGCGUUGAUUUAAUUGAGCUUGUUUUAAAUUGGCCGCGGCGGACGGACGCGGACGAGCCGGCCUCGUCGAAUUAAUUCCCGACAAGUACAAAGAAGGCCUUGCGCGCACUGCACUAAUCACGCGAUUCAGCCAAUUUAGCCUCGCGCCAUGGAAGCCGGCCCGUUUGACGACUUCCCGGACUUCGCGCCCAUCGCGGCCGGAGGCGGCGGCGGCGGCUCCUGCGGCGUCGGGGGCGGCCUCAAGGCCGACGGCAGGGCGGCCAACUUCCACUCCAUUCAGGUCAUGCUCGGCCUCCAGCACGCCGACAUGUUCAAACUGGAGCCCCCGCCGCCUCCGAACGACCACCCCGACCUCAAGUCCAAAUCCCAGGCCAACGCCAGCCCCAGGAUCGAAAACCCGAGCAACUCAGAGAAAAUGCCCUACUCUUGCGGAAAUGAGGUUCCCAGCAAGAAGUCCGAAUCCAAAAGCAAGAAGAACAUGGACUCGAACGGCGUCAAAAAGAAAAAGACGAGAACGACCUUCACAGCGUAUCAGCUGGAGGAGUUGGAAAGGGCGUUCGAGAGGGCGCCGUACCCUGACGUUUUCGCCAGGGAGGAGUUGGCCCUCAAGCUGAACCUGAGCGAGUCGCGUGUGCAAGUUUGGUUCCAGAACAGACGCGCCAAGUGGCGCAAGAGGGAGCCGCCUCGGAAGACGCAGUAUCUCAACAGCACGACUCCGACGAGCGGCUCGAUUUUGGCGCCAAACUUUGGCGCGUUCAACGCGACGCCGUCCGUGCCGGACACGUGGUCGUACAGCAGCGGCGGCGCGUCCGUGUCGUCAACGAGCGCGCCGAGCUACGAACCCAGUCCCCCGAGCAACCAGUCGUACACGUUCAACUUCGGGGGCGGCGCCGGAGGCGGCGGGGGCGGCUACUCGGCGCCGUACCCGAUGCUGCAGCCGCACGACACCUUCCUGAUUUCGGCGGCGCUGCCAAGCAUGCGCGGCGGCGCCGGCGCCGAGUACGCGUUGGCGCCGAACGGCGGCGCCGACUACGGCCAGACCAACUCGCAGGAGGCGGUCGAGUACGGCCAGGACGAGUUGAUGCAGCACGACGAGCGCGCCGAGUUCGACGCCACCGACGACUCGCUGCACAACGACAAGGGCGACCCCAAGGGCGACGCCUCCGACAGCCCCUUCGUCAGCCUGCCCCCUUUUCUCAAUUGAUGGACUCGCUGCACAUCCAAAAGUGCGAAUAACAAAAGUACGACCGGCGAAAAUUAAUUAACACGGUCUGUCGACGGCAGAGCAAAGUGCGCGAGAAUCUCGACGGUUGAAAUCUCCAACUUAAUGAAAAACAAGUGUUUUGUUGGCAAUUAUCUUAAAACGGGGGUUUCAACUGGGCUUGGGAAAAUAGGGGAUGAGAAAUUAUACUUCCACAAAUUCAUAAAGUGCGAUUGUUUUCUAAUAUUUGGCUCAAUUUUGUUUUCUUUAAAUUUUAAAUUGCUUUAAUUUUCCCAAGCCAAAUCAGAACUUACAGGCCCACAUUAUGUCAGAAAUUAUAAAAAUUUUUAGUUAUAAAUAUCAGAAAAUUUAUUACAAAUUUCUUUACAAAAUUCAAUUUUGAUUGAUACAUUUUACUUUCAUUUUAAUUUUUAUUCUGAAACUACUUAAUUUUCCUAAAAUUUGGGCAUUAUGUGGUGACCUGAAGUAAGGACAGUCGAUUUUCUGCACAAAACGCUGCCAGAAACGUUAGGCGAGGAAAAUUUUGUAAAUUAACGUGCACACACCACAUGUAGAGCGUAGCAAUUUGAAAUUCAUAGAGUGCGUUUUUAUAUUUUUCCCUUUACUUAACCUUCGCGCAACUGUACAUUCAAUAAAGAGUUGUGAUGUUUGAAAAGAA